AUGGCCCAGCCAUCCUCCGGUGACCGCCAAACCGAUGCCUUCCUCCAAGCCCAUCCCGAAGUGCUCGUCGGCCGCGACGCUCUCGAAAAGGCCGAGAGGGAGUUUGGAGACGACACCUUCUCCAUUGUGAACAAGCCGACCGGCAGCAUCGUCCUCGUCCAGCAUUUCAACCCGGAUACCCUGGAGCGCCUGUUCGCCGUCGCCCUCGUCAGUGACGAAAGGGCCGAGGCGUACUACCGAGAGCAGAAUCAGGAUGGCGACGAGGCAGACGAGACCAGCUGCGCUGGGUGCGGGGCGGGAUCAAGUCGGGCGGCUGUGGAGGGGCCGGACCGGUUCCUGUACACGCGCAUGGUCACCUGCAACGAGGGUUGCCCUGAAGCUCAAGUGGGGAGGAUGUGGCCGGCUUAG